GCGACUGCUACAAAGCGCGCGCGGGGGGGGGGACCUGCAAUCAUCAACGACGACAUCAACAGCACUGCGGCUCGGGAAUAUCUUCACCAUCAUGUAGCUUCGAGACAGAACGAUUGCAGAUAUACACUUCUAUAAUAGCUGGAUAUAAUAGCGCGGCUGUGCAUUGAGUAACAUUUUUUACAAUCAAAUAAAAAAUCCAAAUUGGAUGUGGAAUCGCUAGGCUAACUGCUCCAGGGAAAAAUGAAGGAGGUGAAGGGUUGCGGUAUGCGGUCCUCCGUGGGCUUUCUGUCCCAGAGAAGGCUCUUCGGUAACCCGCUGAUGAAGGAAGAAUUUCAGAGACUCCGGUUGGCAGGAUGCACGAGCCUUUACAAGAAAGACAUGCUGGGACAUUUCGGGUGUGUAAACGCCAUAGAGUUUUCCAACCAUGGAGGGGAAUACCUUGUGUCCGGAGGGGAUGACCGCAGGGUGUUACUAUGGAACAUGGAGAGAGCUCUUCAUGCCCGCUCGGCCAAGCCUCUCAAACUGAAGGGAGAACAUCUCUCCAACAUCUUCUGUCUGGCCUUCGACAGCACCAACAAGAGGGUGUUCUCUGGGGGCAACGAUGAACAGGUCAUCCUUCACGAUGUAGAACGAGGCGAGACUCUGAACGUGUUCCUUCACGACGAUGCGGUGUACGGCCUGUCCGUCAGCCCCGUUAACGACAACGUGUUCGCCAGCUCCUCGGACGACGGCCGGGUCCUGAUCUGGGACACGCGGGAGCGGCCACACGGAGAGCCCUUCUGUCUGGCCAACUACCCAUCAGCCUUCCACAGUGUGAUGUUCAACCCGGCAGAGCCCCGACUGCUGGCUACAGCCAACUCCAAGGAAGGGGUGGGGCUGUGGGACAUACGCAAACCUCGCACUUCUCUGCUGCGGUACGGCGGCAGCAUGUCCCUCCAGAGUGCCAUGUCGGUGCGUUUUAACAGCGCAGGGACCCAGCUCCUGGCCCUGCGUCGCAGGCUACCCCCGGUCCUCUACGAGCUACACUCUCGCCUACCCAGCUUCCAGUUCGACAACCAGGGCUACUUCAACUCCUGUACCAUGAAGAGCUGCUGCUUCGCUGGAGACGAGGAUCAGGUGAGGUAAACCCUGUCGUUCGGG